AUGAAUUCAACACUCGAUUUCUCGUAUAUUCCGCAACUAUUACAAGAUUCAUUGCUUCUCUCAUUAUCUCUUCUAUCAAUCAUAUCAUAUUCGAUUCUGCCAGUUUAUCAGUAUCUGCACAAUUUGAAACGUUUCCGAGAAAAAGAUUUGCCUAUUGUUCAACUUUUCAACAAACUGGUCAAGUUUUCGUAUUUAACGUUGUUCGGAUUAAUUGUAGCGUAUAUUCUCAUAUGUCGUAAUCUGGAUGUUCUUCAAAGAUUGCCAAUUGUAUUCUAUCUAAUAACUGUCGCAAUUCUUCUAACGUAUUUACUUGCGGGCCUUUACAUUAACUACAUUUUACAACAAACAUUUCAUGUGAUACUGUUUCUAUUGGCAAUUUUGAAUUCACUCAAAUACCUGUUCCCAUUCAAUUCUGUAUAUUCACAAAAUUCUAUACACAAGUAUGUCAGGCAUUUUUCUGUAGCUAUUGUUUUAAAAGAUGUUCUAUUUUUUUCACCUUUGUUAGUGCAUUUUUGCUUCUUUCCUAUUAGCGACGAAGUUGGUCUCAUUCUUUUAAUAGUGUAUAUGGGAAUAUUCUUAAUUUUGAACUUGGUGAUUUCCAUUCUAACUCCAUUUGUCUAUAUCCCUGUUAUCUUGAACAUGAAGCAAAAUGGCCACCUACACUCACAGCAACACAUUUAUUUACAAAAUUAUAUUUUCCUUCAGAGCUUACUAGUUUUGCUUUCCAAAUUGGUCUCUGUUCCAUCUUUUCUUUCAUACAUAGAAAUCAGAAACCCAUGGUCGUAUUUAGUAAUAAUAUCUAUUGGCGAUGCGGUCACUAUCCCACUGAUAAUUCAACUUUCGUACUUGAGAUGUAAUGUAAACGAAGUGAUUACCCUAUUCCGGUCAUUCAACCUUGGCAAAUUUUUGAAAAUUUUGUUCGGUGGGGUGGAUAAUUGUGUGCGAUCCACUACGGCACCAGUUGCUUUUUCAAUUACUUAA